CCGGUGCGGGCGGAUCCCGGCGGGCCCGGUGACGUGUCUGCGCCACAAGCAGCCCGGCCCGGCUCUGCCGGCCUGGGUUAGGAAAGAAGAAAGAGGCGACGGCUGUGAGAAGGGAAAGGGUGUCUGGCCGACUCCACCUCAGGCCCGGGAGCCGCGUCGUCGCCGCCGCCGCCAGAAGGGACGAAAGCGAGCGAACCCUGCCUGGCCUGCACCAUGUUUAACGUGGAGAGCCUCGAGCGGGCCGAGCUCGGAGAAAGCUUGCUCACCUGGAUCCAGACAUUCAACGUUGAAGCACCCUGCCAGACUGUAGAAGAUUUAACCAAUGGAGUAGUGAUGGCCCAAGUACUUCAAAAGAUAGAUCCAGUGUACUUUGAUGAAAACUGGUUAAACAGAAUCAAAACAGAAGUAGGAGACAAUUGGAGACUGAAGGUAAGCAAUCUGAAGAAAAUUUUAAAAGGAAUUUUGGAUUACAAUCAUGAGAUUUUGGGACAGCAAAUCAAUGAUUUUACUCUUCCUGAUGUUAACUUGAUUGGGGAGCACUCAGAUGCUGCAGAGCUUGGAAGAAUGCUCCAGCUCAUUCUGGGAUGUGCCGUUAACUGUGAACAAAAACAAGAAUAUAUCCAGACCAUCAUGAUGAUGGAGGAGUCUGUUCAACAUGUAGUCAUGACAGCCAUCCAGGAGUUGAUGAGUAAAGAAUCUCCAGUCUCUGCUGGAAAUGAUGCUUACGUUGAUCUUGAUCGCCAGCUGAAGAAAACUACAGAAGAAUUAAAUGAUGCCUUAGCAACCAAAGAAGAAAUUGCCCAGAGAUGCCAUGAAUUGGAUAUGCAGGUUGCUGCACUGCAAGAGGAGAAGAGUAGUUUGCUUGCUGAGAAUCAGAUCUUGAUGGAACGCUUGAAUCAAUCGGACUCUAUAGAAGACCCCAAUAGCCCAGCAGGACGUAGACACCUGCAGCUACAGACACAGUUAGAACAGCUCCAGGAGGAAACAUUCAGAUUAGAAGCAGCAAAGGACGAUUAUCGAAUUCGUUGCGAAGAGUUAGAGAAGGAAAUUACAGAAUUACGGCAACAGAACGAAGAAUUAACAAAUCUCGCAGAAGAAGCCCAGUCUUUGAAGGAUGAAAUGGACGUACUAAGGCAUUCCUCUGACAAAGUAUCCAAGUUAGAAAGCCAGGUGGAAUCUUAUAAAAAGAAGUUGGAAGAUCUUGGGGACCUUCGACGACAGGUGAAACUCUUGGAGGAGAAGAACACAAUGUAUAUGCAAAACACCGUGAGCUUGGAAGAAGAACUGAGGAAAGCCAAUGCAGCUCGGAGCCAACUGGAAACAUAUAAGAGACAGGUAGUUGAACUCCAAAAUAGAUUGUCUGAAGAAUCCAAGAAGGCAGACAAAUUAGAGUUUGAGUUCAAGAUGCUGAAAGAGAAAGUAGACAGUCUACAAAAAGAAAAAGAUCGGUUAAGGACAGAGAGGGACUCUCUAAAAGAAACAAUUGAAGAGAUUCGAUGUGUACAAGCACAAGAAGGACAGCUUACCACUUCAGGAUUAUUGCCAUUGGAAAGUCAGGAGUCUUCGGAUAGUUUAGCGGCGGAAAUCGUUACCCCUGAAAUCAAGGAAAAACUCAUUCGCCUUCAGCAUGAAAAUAAAAUUCUAAAGCUUAACCAAGAAGGGUCUGACAAUGAAAAGAUUGCCCUGUUGCAAAGUCUCCUGGAUGACGCCAAUCUCCGGAAGAAUGAACUGGAGACAGAAAACAGGCUUGUAAAUCAGAGACUGCUCGAAGUACAGUCUCAAGUUGAAGAACUGCAAAAAUCUUUACAGGAACAAGGUUCAAAAGCUGAAGAUUCUGUCAUUCUGAAGAAAAAACUUGAUGAACACCUCGAAAAGCUGCACGAAGCUAAUAAUGAGCUAAAGAAAAACCGUGCAAUCAUUGAAGAUCUAGAACCUCGAUAUAACAACAGUUCUCUCAAGAUAGAAGAAUUACAAGAAGCUUUACGGAAAAAAGAAGAAGAAAUGAAGCAAAUGGAAGAGCGGUACAAAAAGUACUUGGAAAAGGCCAAAAGCGUUAUCCGCACCUUAGACCCCAAGCAGAACCAGGGUUCAGGACCCGAGAUCCAGGCUCUGAAGAAUCAGCUGCAAGAACGUGACAGGAUGUUCCAUUCUUUAGAGAAAGAAUUUGAAAAAACGAAGAGUCAAAGAGAAACUGAAGAAAAAUACAUUGUCAGUGCUUGGUACAACAUGGGGAUGACUCUUCAUAAAAAAGCAGCAGAAGACAGACUUGCUAGUACAGGUUCUGGACAGUCCUUCCUGGCUAGACAAAGGCAAGCUACCAGCACAAGGAGAGCUUAUCCAGGCCACGUCCAGCCAGCGACAGCAAGGUAGAGGAAAGCCUUGCCCUUUUGAUAGGAAGCCAUCCUGCGAUCAAGACCGACUUCUGUUGCAAGUGACAGCGUUUCAGGAAACCCAGCCAGCAUCCUCUAUGUAUUUUUCCUCCCUUGUUCCUACAACUAACUUCUCGUUUCAGGAAGGCUUUAAAACAACAACAACAACUCCCGAUGUUUUUUAAUUUCCCUCCACUCUUUUUUGUUUUGCCUUUUAAUGUGCUGAAACAUCAAAGACACCUAGUGGAGUGUAAUCAUUACUUCCCUCCCUGUGUACAGAACUUCCCCUUCUCUUUGUCUCCCCAAACUGUUGAUGACUGGGUAGCAAACCUGAGAGUUUCCUGUUGGAGAAAGAUGUCUCCUGUUGGAGAAAGAUCCUUUCCAAGGCUGCCAUUGUAUAAAAGGGAAUUUUCUCCUUUUUUUCUCUUUUCACCCCAGUCUAAUCUGUCUGUUUUCAUAUGAUGCGAUGGGGUAGGCAACAAUGCUUUGUAGUAUAAUUAUGAAAUGCAUGUGUUGCAAUGGCCUAGAUAUGGGCAGAAGCUGGAACUUGGCUGCAAGGGUCCCUGAUCGGGAGGGAAGGGUGUUGGAUAAGUUUCCCUUGUGCUGCUGUUAACUCCUUUCCUUGGGUUUAGGUUUAGAGAAGUGGGCUAGCUUUCUUUUGGCUUUCUCUACUCAUGUCCUCUUUCUGCUUCACCAGAGUUCAGCAAUCUGAUGAUUUCUCCAUUUUACUGCCCAGGACAACAUGGGGCUCUAACCAUGUGUAGAACAGGCGAUCCACGGGGUUGUUGACGCGCUUCCAUAACUGGGUAGAAAUCUGAGGAAGUGUGGGGUUGUGGUAGCGUUUGGUUCAGGGCAUGGCUGAAUCCUACUGAGGAACAGUGCUGCACAUUGGUAAACUAUCACCAGGAAAUUUAGAAGAGUAGCGACCAUGAGAAGUGGUCACCUCUUUCUGCACUGAAAUACAUUUGGGUUUAUUUUGGGGGGUAAAUUGUCUUAAAAUGGCCAUCCAUUUUAGUAAGGAGGAUGAGGAUAUUAAAUUGCCUUUGCAGAUGGCACUGGUGCAAGGUGAUUCUGACAUGUGUGCUCAUGCUCCUUUUUGCGCCAAAUUUUAAUGUGCAACUUGGGUGAAGUUAAUGGAUACCUGGUCUCCAUCAUGAAAUAAGAAUAGCAUUUCCCUUUGGAUUCUGGUCCCUGCCGAGUAUUCUGAAUGUUCCUUUGCCUUCAAAUUGAUGUUUAUGAAAUUUGAGAUGGCUCAGUAUGGGGCCAUUUCCCUAUAGAUUCACCAUUAGAAUAACUUGGGAGGUCUUGUUUAAUAUUAAUGAUCCCUUUAGUAUGCCUGUUUUUCAACAAGGAAUUUCUCUUACUUUAUACCCUUUUUUAAAAAAGGUCAACAUGAGACAUGUUAAAUAUUCCAAUAUAACGUUUUGCCUUUUAUUAUUUUUUCCAUGUAAAAAGCAAAAAUGCUUUUUACGUGGAAGUGGUUUGUUUGCUUUUUUAAAUGUGAUUAAGUUCAGAAUGUUCUCCCUCAUUUUUUGUAAGAGGCCACAGUUUUAUUAAUAAAAAAGCAACGCUACUUGUUAUUAAAAUGAAACUUGUAGAUAUUGGCCCUCUGUAAUAGUAUUUCAAAUUAGGUGAAGCAGGAUUUUCUCCCCAGUACACAGAAAAAUAAUUUAAAAAAAUCUUUCUAAGGGUAGUUCGCUUGGUGAAGUGGCAUUAAUGAACAGAGGGCAGAGGAAACUGAAGUUCUGUAUACAAGCAGAAUUAUUUGGUGUUCGUCUUAUUUUCUGUGCUGGUUGACUUUGCACUUAGUAUCACAUUCUAUACACAGGUGCAGCUGUUAGUCUUGAACAAUACCACACUUGGCCAUUCUCAGGUCUAGUCAUCUCAGCUGCUCGCUAUUCUCCGUUUUAACCUCUGGCGUGCUUCACUGUGCAAAACAGUUUCAAAAACCUGAGGUGGGGGGGGGGGAGAGUUCGGUUCAAGGGGGGGAAGAAUUAUUGUCUCUAGGCUACUGUGCUAAUCUAAUUUAAAAAAUUAUUUAGUUCUCUGCCUGAAUUCAACUUGAACACAAGCUUUUAUAAAUGGACUGACCUGCUCUCCAGUUUCAGGUUUUCUUUGCUGAUCUCCCACCCCUUCCUUUUUCUGUUGGUGUUGGGAUUCUUCUGCUUUCCAUGACAUCUUUCAGUUUCUCAUUCCUUUUUUUCACCUUUCAUAAAAAAUAUUUCUCCACUUUUGCUUGUUUCUUGCUUGCAUUAUGGUGGAUGAGGCAAGCAAAGUUUAAAGUCCCAUAUUUUGAAAACAUCAAGACCUUUCAAUUGAAAACUGCUUCAGUUUUGUUCUGGUGCUUUGAAAAUCGAAUAUGCUUUCCCAUAGUUCAAAAGAACCAUGAAAAACUGCUAUCAAGAACUAUUUUAGAAAAAGUUAGUUGCACUAAGUCUUGUUGAAGUCAAUGGGACAUUAGCCUUAACUAAUGUAAUGCCAUGAAUUCAGUGAGAUUUGUGCAUCUUGCUUUCUCAAGAUCAGAGUCUGUGUGCCUUGCUACUUUUUGCAGAUUUUGUGAUGAGAGAGGGUUUCUUUUUAAAAGAUCUGGGUUGAAACAAUCCAUGUGUGUUUCAAGAAAAUUCACUCAUUUGAUAAAAGGGUGAUUUUUGGUUUAAAAGACAGAACUGGUGUUCUAAUGCAGCUUAAAUGGGUAAAGACAAGGUGUAAGAAUUGUACUAUAUAAACAUAAAAGUUCCUCAUUUUUUCUCUGAUUUUAACAUUUAACAGCAAGGUCUUGGAAUAAUAUUUGAUUUGUGUGAAAAUAUUUUUCUCCGGUUAAAGGUUAUGGUUUUCACAUUUGUGCAUUGUUGGUUAGCUUUCUUUAUUGGAUUGUUGUCCUCUGGAUUCUUUUGUGCUGCAAACAAGCUGGCUAAGGACUCAUAUUGAUGCAAGGUAUACUCAUCUAUGUAUGUUCUGGAUUUUAAAGAGUUUAUCACAGCUUAAUUUAUUAUAAUUUCUUUAAGAUGUUGCUUUAAAAAACUUGAAAAUUAGCCAGCUGUAUUUUACUCUAAUAAACCCCACAGAUAUUU